CUUUUUUUUUUCAGCAACUUGAGCAACUACCUUACUUUCUCAUCACCUGUCAAGCAACUUCCCCCCUCCACCCCACUCCUUAAUCCUAUAUAUUCAUAUGAAUAUGCAUAAACCUUCCUCACUUCCACUCUCAUAUUCUUUCAAAUCUUUCUUAGUAAUUUCAGGUUUUCAGUUGAAGCAAGUUCUUGAUAUGGCCCUUGAAGCUUUGAAUUCGCCCACUACACGGAUUCCCGUGUUUUCACUUGAGAACACCAGUCUUGGAUCUGUUGAGCCAUGUAUAAAGGGUAAGCGAUCAAAGCGACAACGAAGUGUUGAUAGCCAUGAACUUAGUGAAGAAGAAUAUUUAGCUCUAUGUCUUAUUAUGUUGGCUCGCAGCGGUGGCUCCACGGUGGAGAAUCAACAGAAACGCUCACAGACUCCUCUUCCGCUGCCCCCGGCACCGCCAGUGAUGAUGACGUUGGAUUCUUCCAAGGUGUUGUACAAAUGUUCAGUUUGCAACAAGGCCUUUGGCUCUUACCAAGCUCUGGGCGGACACAAGGCGAGCCACCGGAAGUCCGCCGGACGUAGCGGAGGAGAUGACCAAUCAACAAAUUCCACCACUCUCUCAGCCACCACGAGUGGUGGCAGUGGCAGCGGGAGGACCUACGAGUGUACUAUUUGCCACAGGUGUUUUCCCACUGGCCAGGCCUUAGGGGGUCAUAAAAGACGCCACUACGAAGGUGGCGCAGCCAGUAACAGUGGCGCUUUUGCCAGCAGUGCAGUGAGUUCAUUGGAGGGUAUUGGCUCCACUGUCAGUCACCGGAACUUUGACUUGAACCUUCCAGCCUCGCCGGAAUUUUGGCCGGGAUUCAGCUCCGGUGAAGACGAAGUUGAAAGCCCACAUCCGUUGAAAAAGUCGCGUCACUUCUUACAGUCGAAACUGGAAAUCUUUUGAAUAGGAAUCAAUUAGACAUGGAAUUCUGAAUUUAGGAAAUUAAUUUUGGAAAUUUUACUAUACUGUUUUAUUUUUUA